ACGGGGCCGAGCUGCCUGCAGGCACAGCUCCUCGGGCAGCCUGUGCAGGGCCUCACCACCCUCAUGGUAAAGGGUUUCUUCCAAUACCUCGUCUAAAUCUCACCUUUUUUAAUUUAAAACCACCCCCCUCAUCCUACCACUGCAUGUCCUGGUAAAGUCCCUCCCCAGCUCCUUACAACCCGCUUCGCACCCCCGUGGCCCCACUCCAGCAGCCCCGUGUCCUUGCACCCGCCCCGGGCCGAGGGCAGCGCUGCGGGGGCAGCAGGGACAGUCCUUCACCCACUGGCCCCGCUGCUUCGGGUGCAGCCCAGGAUGCGGUUGGCUUUCCGAGCUGCACACACACGUUGCUGGCUCGUGUUGCACUUCUCAUCCACCAGCACCCCCAGGUUGCUGGGGGCCACUCUCAGCCCAUUCCCUGCCCAGCCCGCGCUCACGCUUGGGGUAGCCCCAACCCAGGUGCAGCACCUUGCACUUGGCCCUGCUGAGCCUCACGAGGUUCCCGUGGUCACACUGAAGCCCUCAGGUCCCCACUGAAGGCAUCCCCUCCCUCUGGUGUGCUGACACCCCCUGGCGUCACCGCAGACGUGCUGGGAGAAGGGGAUCUUACUGCUGAGGGGAAGGGGCCGAGCUGGGGCACCGCGCAGUGGGGCCUCACGGACCUGGGGGUGGUUUUGGUGACUUUGGUUGUUCGUCUGAGCAGUUGGGGAGCUCCUUCCAGGGGGGUUUGACUAAGUGAGGGUGCCUCGAUGCCUGCUUGGUGGCUGGGCUUGAGCUGAGCACUGCAGGAUGAGGGCUGGGGCCAUGUUCAGCAUCCCCCCUGUGGGUUGGCCAGGGACCCACGUCACCCGUGGCACAGCCCUGCAGGCGAGGCUGCACUGGGAGGAACGGGUGUGCAGCACAGGCAGAGCCUCAGCCCAGGUGGACACCAAGAAGCUCAGAAGUGAGACCGACGGGGAGCGCAUGGACAUCGCCAAGGUGGGACAGAGCGGGGGAGAUGGUUUAUAUCCCAGACGACUCCGACUUCAGCUCGUUCAGGGAGCAGUGCGAGAGCCUGGAGGGCUGGCACUGCCGCUACAACAAGGCUGGCGUCACCGUCUGGAGCCGUGGCCAGGAGGAAAGCUGCACCGUGCAGAAAAUCAAGACCCGCAUCUCCUGCAAGGACGUCCCUGCCGAGACGCUCUACGACGUGCUGCACGACACCGGCUACCGCAAGAAGUGGGACUCGCACGUCAUCGAGACCUACGACAUCGGGCGCCUGACCGCGAACGCCGACGUGGGAUACUACUCCUGGAAGUGCCCCAGCCCCCUGAAGAACCGGGAUUUUGUCACCCUGCGCUCCUGGCUGCCCCUGGGCGAUGACUACAUCAUCCUCAACUACAGCGUCAAGCACCCGAAAUUCCCUCCCCGGAAGGAUUUUGUCAGGGCCGUCUCCCUGCAGACCGGUUACCUGAUCAAGGCCAAUGGCACCGGCGCCUGCGUCCUCUAUUAUCUCACCCAGGUGGACCCACGAGGAUCGCUGCCAAAGUGGGUGGUGAACCGCGUCUCACAGUUCGUGGCACCCAAGGCAAUGAAGAAGAUCUACAAGGCAGGGCUGAAGUACCCUGAGUGGAAGCGCAGGCACGACCCUGGGUACAAGCCCUGGGUGUACCCGGAGCAGAGCACGCUGCCCAGCCUCAGCCUGGCCGAGCUCUCGCUGCAGCACGCCGACUCGUUGGAGCACAUCGAUGAGACUGGGCUGACCGAGGACCACCUGAGCACCAGCGACCACGAGGCCUGACGGGGCAGGGGGAACGUGGCACCUGGUGCCCCCCAAAUCCUCCGUCAGUCCUCCUGUGGGAGCCUGCAGCAUGGGGGCAGGGAAGGGGGGAGGACCAUUCCGGUGCCCACGCACUUGGUGCCUGUGGAGAUGUCCCCACGCAGGUGGCAGAGCGGGAUGCAGGAGUGGGUACCCCAGGGAGGCAAAAAAAGGGGGAAGGAGACUUCCUGGGGUGGGAAGGAGCUUGGUCUUGCUGCUCUGAGACCUUUGGGGUGUGCUCCUCACAGCCCUAGAAGCAGAGGGUCUGUGUGGGACCUGCCCAGGCUUUGCAGCAGCACAGGACUGGGACCGUCCCUCUCUGUCCUGAGGUCCUGCCCUGCCAGCCCCGCUCCACGUCCCCCCAGGCUCUGUGUGAACCCCAUCUCCAGGAGCCCCCCAGGUCCCCUCCUGGGUGACGGAUUCACUGCCACAGGCUGCCUCUAGUGUUUGCUGCUUCUGUGGUUUCUGGCACAACAAUAAAAGGGUUGGUGUGUGCACAGCCACCGAGCUUCGGGACGGCAUGGGGGCACCGAGCACCCCCGGGCUGCGCAGGGUGCCAGCACCCCAGGGUGCCCACUCAGUGGGUGCAGGGGCUGGGAG